AUGAGUGCUACUCGUGGGAGGCCUAGAAAUCAGGAGGGGAGGACUCAGGGUCGGGUAUAUCAUAUGACCUACGAGGAUGUGGGAGUUGUACUUGAUGUGGUGGCAGUCUUGGUGGCUAGAAAAUUACUGAGGAAGGGUUGUUCUGCUUGGUUAGCUCAUGUAAGAGAGCUGGAAAAGGGUAGCAUAGAUUUGGCUAGUAUUCCUGUUGUGAAGGAGUUUCGAGAUGUAUUCCCAGAAGAGUUGCCUGGAUUACCUCCAGAUAGAGAAAUUGAAGUUUCUAUAGAAACUAUUCCAGGAGUUUCUCCUAUAGCCCAGUCUCCUUAUAGGAUGGCACCUAUGGAAUUGGCGGAACUUAAGUUGAAGAGUGCUAGGGUGUUCUCUAAGAUAGCUUUGAGAUCUGGAUACCACCAGUUGAGAAUCAAGGAACAAGACAUACAAAAGACUGCAUUCCGAACCCGUUAUGGGCAUUGCGAGUUUUUGGUGAUGCCUUUCGGGUUAACCUAUGCUCCGGCCAUGUCUAUAGACUUGAUGAAUCGGGUGUUUCGGCCUUACCUGGACCAAUAUAUGGUUGUAUUUAUUGACGAUAUCUUUGUGUAUUCAAACUCUCACUUGGAGCAUGAACAACAUCUAAGGGUUGUGCUACAGACUUUAAAGGAGAAUUAUGCAAAGCUGGAUAAGUGUGAGUUUUGGCUCAAAGAAGUAGUAUUUUUGGGCCAUAUAAUAUCCGCAGAAGGAAUAUUUGUGGAUCCAAGAAAGGUUGAGGCCGUGUUAAUAUUGGAAAGGCCUACCAACGUGACAGAAAUCCAGAGUUUCUUGGGUCUUGCUGGAUAUUACCGGACGUUUAUUGAGGGGUUCUCCACCAUAACAUCACCUUUAACUAAGCUGACCCGCAAAGAGGUCAGGUUUGUUUGGUCGGAAGAGUGUGAAGCGAGCUUUCGAAAACUAAAGGAGAGGCUCACUUCUGCUCCUGUGCUGGCCUUUCCAUUGGGGGACAGAAGGGUUAAUGUAGUCGAUGCCUUCAGUAGGAAGGGAAAAACAGUGAUGAAUGAUAUGGAGAUCAAGGAACAGGAAAGUAUAGUGGAAUUGAAGAAAAUGGGCUUGCGGCUAAGUGUAGGGCCCGAGGGAUCACUGUUAGCUCAGUUAAAGAUCCAAUUUGUGCUUCGAGACAAGGUCUUGGUGGCUCAACAGGCAGAUGGGAAGGUAAAAGAGAUCAAGGAGAGGAUGACUGAUUCGGUGGAUAAGCUGGCAAAAUUGUAUGUAGAUGAAGUAAUCAGACUUCACGGAGUGCCAGUUUCAAUUAUAUCAGAUCGGGAUCCAAGGUUCACAUCAAGAUUGUGGUCUAGCUUGCAACGGGCAAUAGGGACAAAGUUGAAUCUGAGCAUGGCAUUUCAUUCUCAGUCGGAUGGUCAAUCUGAAAGGACCAUUCAAACUCUUGAGGAUCUCCUGAGGUCCUAUGCCAAGAUAGACCCCUCACGGGUAUUGCCACAAGUUCCUAUGAAGAUUAAAGGGGAUCUAACCAUGAAAGCUAAGCCCGUCAAGAUCUUAGAUCGAGAUGAGAAGUUGUUGAGGAAUAAGAGAGUUCUUGGUGAGAGUAUUGUGGAGAAGCUCUUGAAUAGAAGAAGAAACAUGGGAAAGAGAAUCUGA